UCCAGCCGUUGGCAGCCUUGCCAGCAGCGGACAGCGGACCGCAAAAUCAAAUUUCUUUGCGAAGGCACUGUGAGCUCGAGGCGGCACGGACUUUCAUCUUUUUUUUAUUCGAAAGCCACUUUGCCACACCGCGACUCGGGCCGCGGUGAAGGAUGUCAGGGGAUGUCCAGCCAAGGAAGCGAAAGGAGAAGAAGCGCAAAAAAGAUGGAGAGUACACCGUGCAGAGGAUACGCAGUUCGAGCUUUGACGACGAAGACGCAGGAACCCCGCCACCUGUUCCGGCGAAUCAACCGGAUCACUCGUCGGACAAUGUGUCCAUACACGUCCACAAAGAAGGAGGCACGGGUGGCCACUGGUGCGCAAGAAUUGUAUUUUUCGCUCUACUUGCCGUUCUCCUAGGAUUGAUCGGCAUCAUCAUCUUGGAGCACAGAGGAACGACCGACGUCGACACGCAGGGAGGAGAAUCUCGAUGGGCGACUCUAUUCGACGGAUGGGUGGACGAUUCCGCGACGGCUCAUAGUGAAGAAGCAGAAGGAACCGAAGAGCACGACGAAGAGGAACACGAAGGAGAUCACGACGCGGAGGCGUACGAGGAGGAGGAGGAGGAGGAGGAGGAGGACGAGGCUUCGGACGAUGCCGAAGAGGUCAAGGGAGUCGACGAAGAGGACGACGAGGACGAGGGACUAGGAACCGACGAGGGCGACGAAGAAACUGCUUCCGAUGAGGCGCAGUACGAAACUGCGUCGAGAGAAGCAGAGGAGGAGAGCGGAGAACUGGAAGACGACGAGAACGUCGAAGAGGAGAAGGAUGGUGACGGGGAUGACGAAGGCUACGAAGAACUCGACGUCGAGGACUACGAAGUCGGGACUCUGGAGGAGAUCGAUAGCGCUGAAAAGGAUCUCGAAGAAGACGAGAUCGAGCCCGACGAUGAUCUGGAUAUCAGCAUCGAAGGCGUCCAAGAGGAACCCGAAGACAUCGAUGACGACGAAGAGUUUACAGGAAUCUCUGGCAUCAACGAAAUCGAUGACAGCAGUGCAGAACCUUUGGAAGAAGUAGAAGAGGAGGAGCCCGAGGAAGUCGUUAACGAGGUGGAAGAAGAACCCGAAGAGCCAGAGGACGAAGAGGAGACCACAAAUGUGGCGGUGAAAUUUGGAGUCGGCGUUGCGCUUGUCGUUGCUGCUCACUGCGUACUCGUUAAGCGAUGGAACAAUGAGACCGGCGAGCCAUCCGAAGCCCAGGCUGAAGAAGUUCCGGACUUAAGCAGACGAAAUACGAUUAUUUCUCCUCCUCGACCCGACCCUACAACUGGUUCGGAGAAAAAGCAAACGUACAAAGAUUUGCGGUCGAAGUACAAGGGACUCGAGUCGGAAAACGUCGAAACCGUAGUCUCGAAAAAAGCAUCUUCGGUCAACGAAAAGGCUCCGAUCACGGCAGAACGAGUCGACACCUCGGGAGCAACAGGUCCAGCGAAAAUGGUUAAAGGGAAAUCCGUGACGGAGAAGGGCCAGGAAGAGGCGGAAGAAACCUCCGAAGGGGAACGCGUUUCAGGAACCGAGGAUGACGAAGACGAAGAAGUCGACGAAGAAGACGAAGAGGAGGAGGAUGAGGAAGCGGACGACAGCGAAUUAGUCGCAAAACUAGAAGCGAAGUAUGGCAAACUGCCGACUCCGACUGAAAGUGAAGCCGAAGACGAGGAGGAAGAGGAGGAGGAGGAGGAGGAGGAAGAAGAAGAAGAGGAAGAAGAUGAAGAGGACGAUGCCCAAGAAUGGAAACGUGUUAAAGGCGCUAAGGGUCCACAAAUAGAAUCCAAGGAUGAACCAGGUGUUAAAACUAUUCCGGCACCUCAAAAGAGACAACCGAAUGUCAAGGGUGGCCCGAAAGACUUUGAUAUCGUGAAUGUGUCCACCACGGAUGAAAUAGUCAUCCGGGAACGAAACGACUCAAGGAUUUCCGAGGGCCGCUAUGACUAACGUCACUUCUCUAAUAACUCCACCUACGUAUAUCAUUUCCACGUUAAAUGUAUCGUUUUUUUUAGUUAGCCCACCGGAUUUCCAAGUUGACUAACGAGAGAAUUAAUCAUGGACGUAACAAUUCCC